CCUCAGCGCAACAGGCCAGUGUAAGCUCGCGGCAAGCAAAGGAGAUUCGCAGCCGAAGAACGCUAGGAAAUCCGCCAUGGGUAAGGUUCACGGAUCUCUGGCUCGUGCCGGUAAGGUGAGAGGACAAACUCCCAAAGUCGCUAAGCAAGACAAGAAGAAGAAGCCCAGAGGACGCGCCCACAAGCGCAUGCAAUACAACCGUCGAUUCGUCACCGCCGUGGUUGGAUUCGGAAAGAAGAGGGGACCCAACUCGUCCGAGAAGUGAGGAGCAAUUAAGAGUAUGACGAGCUUUCUUUAGAUUAAUGAAGGCUUGGUUUUUUUGUUAUUUGACGAUGUGUCAUUGAAUUUUUCAUGUUAUUUUGGAAGACCCUUUUUACUGGUUUAUUAUUUUUGGAGAUUUGAGUUAUGGAUUAUUAUGUUAAAGAAA